CAGGAACCCAAGCAGUCCCUGUACUCCGUAGUUGAGUUCCCAUCCACACCCUCCAUCUUUACCACCCUGAAAGUUGCUUGCUGGAGUUCCUGCCUGUAUAGUACAGGUUCGUUUUUACCCCUUGUUGCUGCUGCAGCAGUUUGCCGUUUUGCAGGGCCGCGGCAUCCAUUUUCAUUCACCAGCAUAUUCUUCACUCCAUUAUUUGCCCCUCAUAAGCCUCUCGCGGGUCGCCCAACAGUGGCACUGGCUCCCGGCUCCGCGUGCAGAAGGGAGGAGCUCCUGACGUGACCCGCCAUCGCCGGCUUCCUGCCUUCCUUCUUAACACCGUGACCCCUUCAAGAUGGACGACAACCAGACCCCCGGUGCCGCGUCACCCAAUGUCAUGAUGGUCGACGCGCCGGAGGAGCAUGUCGUCCACACGAAUGGCACCGAGCCCGAGGACGUCGCCAUCAUCAACCCCGACAGCAUGGAUACAGACGCACCCCUCCUCGCAAGCGACUAUGAGGCGAUGAAACAGCAUGUGCUGCCGCCGCUGCCAGAAGAACCCAGAGUCCUGGACGAUCAGGUUCACACAUGGACGGUCGAGGGAUGGCGGUCAUUACUCAAGAAGGAGCAUGGUCCGAUAUUUUACGCCGGCGGUUACCCAUGGCGAAUCCUCCUCUUCCCGUUCGGUAACAACGUCCUUGACCAAUGCUCCAUCUAUCUCGAGCACGGCUUCGAAGCGAACAACGUCCCGGAGGACUGGAGCUGCUGCGUGCAGUUUGCGCUCGUGUUGUGGAACAAGAACCACCCGCAUAUCUUCUUCCAACAUUCCGCCCACCAUCGCUUCACAAAGGAGGAGAGCGAUUGGGGUUUCACGAGGUUUCUCGAGACCCGCAAGAUGUUCAAUCCCGUCUGGGAGAAUGCGGACCGGCCGCUUAUCGAGAACGAGUGUGCCAACAUCAGCGCAUACGUCCGGGUCGUUGAGGACGAGACUGGCGUCUUGUGGCACAACUUCAACAACUACGACUCGAAAAAGGAGACUGGUUAUGUUGGCCUCAAGAACCAGGGUGCCACCUGCUACCUGAACUCUCUCCUGCAGUCAUUAUACUUCACAAAUGCCUUCCGCAAGGCUAUCUACCGGAUCCCCACGCAGGAGGACGAAAGCAUGCAAAACAGCGCGUACACGCUGCAGAGACUCUUCUACCAACUGCAAACCUCCAACACGGCUGUGGGAACCAACGAGCUCACCAAGUCCUUUGGCUGGGAAACGCGCCACAUCUUUGAGCAGCAAGACGUGCAAGAGCUCUCCAGGAAGCUCAUGGAGCGCAUGGAAGAGAAGAUGAAGGGUACCGAAUUCGAGAAGGCGCUUCCACAAUUGUUUAGCGGCAAGAUCAAGACGUACAUCUCUUGCAUCAACGUGCCCUACGAGUCUAGCCGAAUCGAAGAUUUUUGGGACGUCCAGCUCAACGUGAGCGGGAACGAGAACCUUCUGGAGAGCUUCCAGGACUACAUUCAGGUGGAGAAGCUUGAUGGGGAGAACCAGUACUUCGCCGGCGACCAAUACAAGCUGCAGGAUGCGAACAAGGGCGUCAUCUUCCAGUCAUUCCCUGACGUCUUGCAUCUGCAGCUCAAGCGCUUCCAGUACGAUAUACAGCGCGACGCCAUGAUGAAGAUCAACGACCGCUACGAAUUCCCCGAGGAGUUUGACGCCUCGCUCUACCUGGACAAAGACGCGGACAAAUCGGAGCCUUGGGAGUACCAGCUGCACGGCGUCUUGGUGCACAGCGGCGACCUCAACGCCGGCCAUUACUACGCCUUUAUAAAGCCGAACAAGGAAGGCUGGUGGUACAAGUACGACGAUGAUAAAGUCACCAAGGCGACGAAACGGGAAGUGCUCGAAGAAAACUUCGGCGGCCCGUUCAAGUUGCCCAACGGCCAAAUGCGCCCCCUUGGCAACAAGAAAGGCCCCAUCAUGAGGCCCAACAGCGCAUACAUGCUGGUGUACAUUCGCAAGUCCAGGCUCGACAAGGUCCUCUGUCCGGUCACCGAAGAGGACACUCCGGAGCAUCUUCGGAGGAGGUUCGCGGAGGAGUACGCUCUCCGGGAGGCGCGGCGCAAGGAGAGGGAAGAGCAGCACUUGUAUCUCUGGGUGAAGGCCAUCACAGAAGCCACGUUCCAGCAACAUGGCAGUACUGACCUCACCAAUUUUGAUGCGACGCCAGAUACAGAUCCGGCAGCGCCAAGGUUUUACCGCCUGCUUCGCACCGCGCCGAUGCAGGAGCUGGUCAACCAGAUCGCGGCGGAUAUCGGCCAGGAUCCGAAACAUGUUAGGCUUUGGAUCAUGGUCAACCGUCAGAAUAAAACCGUUCGGCCGGAUCAGCCCGUCAUGGAUCUCCGACCGACUGUCGAGGAGACGUACAACCGAGCAGCGGCGCAUAGGGAUCAAGCACUUCGCGUGUGGGUCGAAGUUGCUGAGGAAUUCAAUGCCGACGGCACGGCUGUGUGGCCGACAUAUGCCCCUGGGCUGGCGAACGGGGCUGUCGUGAAGAACGACCUCAUCCUGCUCUUCCUCAAACGAUUCGACGCGGACGCCCAGGAGUUGAGGGGUGUUGGCCAUGUUUACAUGAGCAAGGAGAAGAAGGUUGAGGAGCUGAUCCCAGUCAUCAUGAAGAAGAUGGGCUGGGACAAGCUGUCAAGUGACGAGAAGAUCCAACUCUGGGAGGAGAUCAAACCUAAUAUGAUUGAGGGCCUCAGAGGGAAGCAGUCUCUCAAGGCGGCAGAGCUCCAGGACGGAGACAUCAUCUGCUUCCAGCGGAUUCAUGAGCGGAAGCCAAAGCUGAGUCUGGGCGACAAGAACGACAAGCAAUCAUCCGAGGAGGUAAAAUCGUUGGACCGUUCUGAGGAUGCCCGAGAGUACUACGACUUCCUCCUCCAUAGGCGGGUCGUCUGGUUCCGCGCCCAUCCUCAGAAAUGCGAUGCCGAGACUUAUAAGGAUUUUGAAAUGGUUCUGAACUCCAAGAUAAGCUACGACAAGCUGUCAGAGAAGGUUGGCGAGAAGUUGGGAGUUGAACCCACGCAUCUUCGAUUUUACACGGUGAAUGCCAGCUCCGGGAACCCUAGGGCGGCGGUUAAGAGAGGCCAGAACCAAACACUCCAGAACAUUCUCGUCCCGGCCGGCUACGGGCAAUUAAACAUGAAUCAGCGCAACGACGCCUUGUUCUUCGAGGUGCUGGAGAUGAGCCUCGCCGAGCUAGACACCAAGAAAAGCAUCAGAAUCACCCUCCUCAGCGAGGGAAUCACGAAGGAGGAGCAAUUCGACGUCUUGGUGCCCAAGAACGGUCAAGUGAAAGACCUUAUCGGCUGUUUGACUGCAAAGGCGAAGAUCCCUAGCGAGGAAGAGGGGGGGCCGAUUCGGGUCUACGAGGUCAGCAACCACAAGUUCUUCCGAGAGCUGGAGCGGACCUAUCCCGUCAUCAGUAUCAACGACUACACGACGGUGAUAGCGGAGCGGAUACCGCCCGAGGAAGUCGAGGCCGAGGACCCAAGGGACUUCAUCUCGGUGUUCCAGUUCCAUGGCGAACCCAGCAAGGCGCACGGCAUCCCGUUCCGCUUCCUUCUCAAGGAGGGCGAGGUGUUUUCGGAGACCAAGAAGCGGCUCGAAAAGCGGACGGGACUCAAAGGCAAGAGCUUCGAGAAGAUCAAAUUCGCUGUGGUCCGCAGGGCGCAAUUCUCAAGGCCGCAGUACUUGAACGAUGACGACUGCCUCUGGGAGGUGGCCGCGAACCCGGAUGACUCCCUUGGCUUGGACCAUCCCGACCGGACACGGGCGGUGCGGAACGGCGCCGGGGACCUGUUUCUCAAGGGCUAGACGGAUCGGCUUUAUAUAUACGGGGUAUGCAUUCGUUUUGGCAGUGUUGCAACUCCCCGCAUGUGUAUCCUUAUGUCCGUGGCGCCCGGCAAGCGGGUUGAUCAUUGACACCCCCUCCCCCCCCCCAAAAAAAAAAAACAAAAAAAGAAAAAAAAACAAAGUUGGUAGCAUUGGGAUUCAGAUAUUACAUGUGCUGGUUAGUUCCUCUUGUCUCUGGUUCUUUUUCCGGU